CGCCCCGCUCCGGCUUGCUGCGCGCUGCCGCUCUUCCUUCCUUCCUUCCUUCCUCUCUGCGCACGUCCAGCUCCGUGAAGCUCUCGGGUCCCGCCAUGGCCGCGCUCACCCGGAACCCGCAGUUCCAGAAGCUGCAGGAAUGGUACCGGGCGAACAAGAACGAACUCGACCUGCGCAAACUUUUCGGGCAGGAUCCGCAGCGCUUCAGUCAAUUCAGCUUGGACCUCAACACCAACCAUGGGCAUAUUCUGUUGGACUACUCCAAGAACCUUGUGAACAAGGAAGUGAUGCAGAUGCUGGUGGACCUGGCCAAGUCCAGAGGCGUGGAGACCGCUAGGGAAAGCAUGUUCAGUGGUGCGAAGAUCAACAGCACCGAGAAUCGGGCAGUGCUCCAUGUGGCCCUUCGGAACCGAUCCAACACACCCAUUAUGGUGGAUGGCAAAGACGUAAUGCCAGAGGUCAACAAGGUUCUGGACAAGAUGAAGGCCUUCUGCCAGCGGGUCCGGAGUGGCGAGUGGAAGGGGUACACUGGCCAGUCCAUCACGGACGUUGUCAACAUUGGCAUCGGAGGCUCUGACCUGGGACCCCUCAUGGUGACAGAAGCUCUCAAGCCGUACUCCACAGGAGGUCCUCGAGUCUGGUUUGUGUCCAACAUCGAUGGAACCCACAUUGCCAAAACACUGGCCAGCCUGACCCCCCAGUCUACCCUGUUUAUAAUCGCCUCCAAGACCUUCACCACCCAGGAAACCAUCACCAAUGCGGAGACCGCAAAGGAGUGGUUUCUCCAGUCAGCCAAGGAUCCAUCUGCAGUUGCAAAGCACUUCGUCGCCCUGUCUACGAACACGGCCAAGGUGAAAGAGUUUGGGAUUGACCCUCAAAACAUGUUCGAGUUCUGGGAUUGGGUAGGUGGCCGCUACUCCUUGUGGUCAGCCAUUGGACUGUCCAUCGCUCUGCACAUAGGUUUUGACCACUUCGAGCAGCUGCUGUCUGGGGCUCACUGGAUGGACCAGCACUUCCAGAAGACACCCCUGGAGAAGAACGCCCCCGUCCUGCUGGCUCUGCUGGGGAUCUGGUACAUCAACCUCUACGGCUGUGAGACCCACGCCAUGCUGCCCUAUGACCAGUACAUGCACCGUUUUGCUGCCUAUUUCCAGCAGGGCGACAUGGAGUCCAAUGGAAAGUACAUCACCAAGUCCGGUGCCCGGGUGGACCACCAGACAGGCCCCAUCGUGUGGGGGGAGCCAGGGACCAACGGCCAACAUGCAUUCUACCAGCUUAUCCACCAAGGCACCAAGAUGAUCCCCUGUGAUUUCCUCAUCCCCGUGCAGACCCAGCACCCUAUCCGGAACGGCCUGCACCACAAGAUCCUCCUGGCCAACUUCUUGGCCCAGACCGAGGCCCUGAUGAAGGGAAAGGGGCCGGAAGAAGCAAGGAAGGAGCUCCAGGCUGCUGGAAAGAGCGCAGAGGACUUGGAGAAGCUCUUGCCACACAAGGUCUUUGAAGGAAAUCGCCCGUCCAACUCAAUCGUGUUCACCAAGCUCACACCAUUCAUUCUGGGAGCCUUGAUUGCCAUGUACGAGCACAAGAUCUUCGUUCAGGGCAUCAUCUGGGACAUCAACAGCUUCGACCAGUGGGGAGUGGAGCUGGGGAAGCAGCUGGCCAAGAAAAUUGAGCCCGAGCUGGAGGGCAGCUCUGCCGUGACAUCCCACGAUUCCUCCACGAACGGACUGAUCGGCUUCAUCAAGCAGCAGCGGGACGCCAAGAUCUAAGUUCGGCCAUAGCCCCACUGACCGGUCCUUCCUGUCCCUCCUUGCCGUAUGCACUGCAUGUCCUGCCCCUCCCCGCCCAGGGCACACCACUCCAGUGGGCUUGGACUACGAGGCUUUCGGGAGAAGCUAGUGGAGAAUAGCCAGCCACCCACCGUGUGCGCACCCUCCCUGUUGAAGCAGGCUGAAGUGCUUUGAUGCAUCUGAUCAUUAUGACCUCUAUUCACAUCCCAGCCAGAAUAAAGAUGCUCUAGAGCAGG